AGACCGCCCCCUACGUUAUUGCGGAAGUGGAACUUGUGGAAGUUCACCCUGCUGCUGACUGACUCUGGGAAUCACUGUUGCUCCUCUACUUGCAACUGUGUUGGUGUCCCGUCACAGCUCAGAAUCAGAGAAUAAUAUCUCGCAGGGAUGUCUUUGUCAUUCGAGGGAAGAGUCGUGCUUGUCACCGGGGCCGGAGGAGGCCUUGGCAAAGAAUAUGCACUGGCUUUUGCUGAAAGAGGCGCCUCAGUUGUAGUGAAUGACCUUGGGGCAGACACUAAAGGGGGUGGAAAGAGUUCUGCAGCUGCUGAUAAGGUGGUGGAGGAGAUAAGAGCAAAAGGAGGCAAGGCUGUGGCGAACUAUGAUUCUGUGGAAGAUGGAGAAAAACUAAUCCAAUCAGCACUGGAUGCAUUUGGAAGAAUCGAUAUUGUUGUAAACAAUGCUGGGAUCCUUCGUGACCGAUCAUUUGCCAGGACGAGUGAUCUGGAUUGGGACCUGAUUCAUAGAGUUCACUUGAGAGGCUCCUUUUUGGUGACCCGUGCUGCCUGGAACCACAUGAAAAACCAAAAGUUUGGCAGAAUCAUCAUGACGACUUCAGCUGCAGGCAUCUAUGGUAACUUUGGCCAAGCCAACUACAGCGCUGCCAAGCUGGGCAUGCUGGGACUGGCAAACACCUUGGCCGUCGAGGGACGCAAGUACAACAUCCAUACCAACACUAUUGCUCCUGUUGCUGGGUCGAGGCUCACAGAGACUGUUAUGCCCCCAGAUCUCGUUGAGUCUCUGAAGCCUGAGUAUGUCGCUCCCAUGGUCCUGUGGCUCUGUCACGAACAAUGCCAAGAAAAUGGAGGACUGUUUGAGGUCGGUGCAGGCUGGAUUGGUAAAUUGCGCUGGGAGCGUUCUCAGGGCAGCAUUGUGAGACAGAAGAACCAGCCCACGUCACCCGAGGCUGUCAGGGACCAGUGGGACAAAAUCUGUGAUUUUACAGAUGCUACGAAGCCUUCUAGCGUACAAGAGUCUCUACAGUCAAUCGUGAGUGUGUUGUCUCGAGUGGAUUCGGAGGAAAAAGUCAGUGGCAGUCCAACCGCCGCCGCCGCAGCCGCCGCGUCUUCAGCCUCAGGGAUCAAUCCUACUGAGGCAGUGGGACAAAAACUACCACCAACCACAUUCAACUUCACCCAUACCCAGUGCAUCCUCUAUGCAUUGGGGGUUGGCAUGUCCACCAAGGACCCAGACCAUCUCAGGUUCCUGUAUGAAGGCCAUUCAGACUUCAGCUGCCUCCCCACCUUCGGGGUCAUUCCCUCCCAGGCAGCCAUGAUGGAUGGCGGGCUGGGCUCAAUCCCUGGACUCAACAUAGACUUCACACAGGUAUUACAUGGGGAGCAGUAUCUGGAGCUUUACAAACCUCUACCCACCUCAGGAAAACUCACCUCUGAAGCCACCAUAGCAGAUGUGUUGGACAAAGGAUCUGGAGCUGUCAUCCUCUUGGAUGUGAACACCUACGACGGUAAAGAGCUGAUCUGCUACAACCAGUUUUCAGUGUUUGUCGUUGGAGCUGGGGGCUUUGGAGGGAAAAGAUCCUCUGAGAAAGCCAAAGCUCCUGUGCCUCCACCUAAACGCGCACCAGAUGCUGUGGUGAUUGAUUCCACCACAAGAGACCAAGCGGCCCUUUACCGUUUGAGUGGAGACUGGAACCCUCUUCAUAUAGACCCCAGCUUUGCUGCCAUGGGAGGCUUCAAGAGUCCCAUCCUGCAUGGCUUGUGCUCAUUUGGCUUUGCUGCGAGACACGUCCUCAAGCAGUAUGCCGACAACGACCCCUCCAGAUUCAAGGCUAUAAAGGUUCGCUUUGUGAAGCCAGUGAUGCCGGGCCAGUCGCUACAGACCGAGAUGUGGAAGGAAGGCAACAGGAUUCACAUCCAGUGUAAAGUGAAGGAGACGGAUGCGGUCGUGCUGUCAGGGGCCUAUGUGGAUUUACAUGGUGCAUCAGAGGCUUCACCAGAGAAUCUUACUCAAGGUGGCGGCCUUCAGAGUCAGCUGGUGUUUGCAGAGAUCGGCCGUCGUAUUAAAGAUUUGGGGGCAGAGCUGGUCAAGAAGGUGAACGCUGUCUUCGGCUGGGAGAUCACCAAAGAUGGAAAGAACGCUGCACAGUGGACCAUUGAUCUGAAGAACGGUAGCGGCGCCUUGCAUGAAGGCCCUUUCAGUGGGAAGGUGGAUGUGACCUUCACGGUGUCGGAUGAAGACUUCAUGGAGGUGGUUCAGGGGAAACUCAACCCUCAGAAGGCCUUCUUCUCUGGCAAGCUGAAGGUUAGAGGGAACAUCAUGCUGAGUCAGAAGCUGGAGGUCAUCCUGAAGGAUUACGCCAAGCUGUGAGCCUCCUCAGCCAACCAUCGAGAUGACUUCAGGAACUAACCAACCUACCAACCCUCUCCUUGGGUGCUUUCCAUUUGUGCUAAUGUGGCCCCUUCACUUCCCUCACUCACGCCUCUUCCUCUUGGUCUCAGCUCCUCCCAGCGGGGGGGCGCAAGAGAUGCGAGGACGGAAGAUUUUUAUUGACCGAACUAGACAUCCUCACUCAAUCCAGUGUUGUUUUUUAGGAGAGUGCAGUUCCUCAUGACGCAUGGCAUCUCAUCUGUCAAAUGUGAAGAACCAAGUAAAUAUUUAAAAGGAAGAACACCUGAUGACUGCUGCUUCAAUACUGAUUCUAGAUGUAUGUGCAGUGUCAGGUUACCACAGAAUAAGACUGGUAGAAAUAACACAUAUAGUGAGGGAGCAAUAAAAACAGCUAUAAAUGCUAUGAAUAAGAUAUACUGUGAAAUGUAGUACAGCAUCCUUUUCAGGCUCAGGCUGAUAUUCAUAGGAAUAAUAACCUCCACUGUCUCUGAUUGAACGAGUGAUGCCAUCCGGUUAAAAAAAGUUUGCAUAGUAUACACCUGUAGUUCCUCGCUGGAGGCCUCCUCGCUCCCCCGAGAUGCAUUUAAGGGGCUUGAACAUCCUCAGUGAAGGUGAAACCGGAUCAGUUUCAGGGUUACAGAGGAGCGAGGACGGGAGAAGAGCGUCAUUAGCAGAAUGGAAAGCACUCUUGAUCUCUACUUUUCUUGUCCUGUUUCAUUUAUGUGCUUUUGCCUUUUUAGAAUAGAUUCUCAUCUAUGAAUUAACCUUAACUGUAGUGAUAAAAUGCAUACAGAGUUCUUCAAAUGGAUGGAGGCAGAUAUAUAUAUAUAUUUAUAUAUAUGAGGAAGCAAUAAUUCACUGUAAUUCCAGCUGGUGAGAGUUUACUUGGUUGGGUCCUUGUUGUCCGUCCUCACCUAAAAUGUGCCCUUAAAACAGCUGCCUUCAUAGAAAUUGAAAUUAAUUCAGUUUUACUUCAAGUCUCAGUUUUGACACCAAUCAGUCGUCGUAUUCCUGUAUUAGGAGAAACAAGCGUCUACUACAGUGAGCUAAAAUGCUGCUGUCUUCUAACAUUAGGUGCAUGUAAUGCUUGAAGUGAUCAUCAUAAUCAGAAGCAGUUUUACGCUUGGACUGACUAAAGUCAUAUUUGAGUCGUCUGUUAUUUCAUUAAGAAAUUAAGUUUUAUGUACCUGAUACUGUAAUCACAGCAGAACCUUUAUGAACUGUAAAGUACUGUAGAGUUUAUUACCAGUAUAUGAAAGAAUAUGAAAAUAAUGAUUUUCAUUUAAUUUUUAAGUAAUCAGUGGAAUUACAAUGUGUGUUUUUUUUUGUUUGCUCUUCUAUGGAAAUAAAGUAAUUCAGACUAAAAGCUAAUUUCAGUAUGUUUAAUACUUACAACUGUGGACAGUUAUUGUUAUAGUUUAAAUUUACCUGUAUCAAAUUAAAAUUAUGUGGUUAUUUAGUUGAAAAUGAGAUGUGUCAUUGCUUUUGUCAUACAUGAUGAAUGUACUGCAGAUCAGACCAAAUGUCACAAAAUGCAACGAUAUAAUCAAGUCACUUGUUUUCAAAAUUACAGAAAAACAUCUGCUCGUUACAUCAUUUUUUUAUUACAUCGGUACAUUUUCUGUAUAUAAUACAUCGAUUUACACGAUAUCUUCAUUAUAAAAUUAGAACUAUCUGAUCAAAUUCACAUUUGCAAGAUCGAAAGAGGGAAAAAAAAACAAACAAAAAAAAAAACAA